CGCUAGGUCCGCGGAGCUCUCCAGGCGCGUUCGGAAAUGACCUAAGCGGAGAGGCUGGGUCAAGCUGGUGGCUGGCAGCAGCCCGGGCCGCCGAGGGAGCGCACCAUGUCCUUGCUGAUCCGGCGUCCGAGGGCGGCGGGGAGAUAGGGACGGCCUCGCCUCGGCAGGUGUUGCCAACUAACCCUGCCCCCCAGCUGUUGCUGGGGGUGGGUUGGGCAGUCAUGGGUGAGCCAGGCCGUGAAGAGUAUGAAAUCCAGUCCUUUGAUGCAGAGACCCAGAGGUUACUGAAGACUGCCCUCAAAGAACCUGGUGCUGUGGAUUUGGAGAAAGUGGCCAAUGUGAUUGUGGACCAAUCCCUGAAAGACUGUAUGUUCAGCAAGGAAGCCGGACGCAUUUGCUACACCAUCAUUCAGGCAGAGAGCAAGCAAGCCAGCCAGAGCGUCUUCCGCCGGGGCCUCCUCAAUCGGCUGCAGCAGGAAUACCAGGCCCGGGAGCAGCUGCGAGCCCGAUCCCUGCAGGGCUGGGUCUGCUAUGUCACCUUCAUCUGCAACAUCUUUGACUACCUGAGGGUGAACAACAUGCCUAUGAUGGCGUUGGUCAACCCUGUCUAUGACUGUCUUUUUCGACUGGCACAGCCUGACAGCUUGCACAAGGAGGAAGAGGUGGACUGCCUCGUGUUACAACUGCAUCGAAUUGGAGAGCAGCUGGAGAAGAUGAAUGGGCAGAGGAUGGAUGAGCUGUUCGGGCUGCUGCGUGAUGGCUUUCUGCUCCAGGACGGGCUCAGCUCCCUGUCCCAGCUCCUGCUGCUGGAGCUCAUUGAGUUCAGGGCUGCUGGCUGGAGGACCACCCCCGCUGCCCAGAAAUAUUACUACAGUGAGGUUUCAGACUAGGCUGGCCCAACCUCAGGGCCUCACCAGCACCUUCCGGAAGGCUUGUAUCUACGCCUGUCACUCUCACCAAGACGACACCCAACUCGGGCUCACACACCCGAACUUACAUCCCCAGGGUUUUCUCUUCUGACUUUUCUACUACUAGGGGAUAGCUUUGGGCUUACAGUAGUCCUGCCCUCAGCUACUUUCUUCCUGUCAAGCACUUUUGAUCUUUUAACUUAUCCAGAGAGGUGAGGGGCAGGGCAGCACACCACCUAUUCUAUUGUACUUCAUGGAAGAGCUAGGAAGAACCUCAGAAAACAAUGAGCUCACCCCCUCAUUUUAUCGAUAAGAAAACCGAGGCCCGGGGAAGUUAAAAGUGUCUGAAACAGCAUUCAAAUCCAGGGCUUCCUAAUUCCAGGUCUGAUGCACUAACAAUCUACUGCCUCAAUUAAGUGAUAGGAUGUUGCUCCCCAACAGACUUUCAGCCCAUUUCCCCACCCCUGUAGUGGAACUGGGUAGUGAAGGGCAACUCUACCAUUCUUGCACUGUGCAACCAUAAGUGCAUCUUCUCCCUUGAUGCCUCAGUUUCUGGAUUUGUAAAAUGAGGACUCGGUGGUUAGAAGGAUGCUUUGAGCUCUUGAGAGGGCAAAGCAUGGAAGGGAGAAUUUAAGAGUCAGAUGACAGAACUGGGGCCGGGUCUUUGAACUACCUGAAUGAAAGGGAGGCUUCCAAAGCCAACGGGCUGUGCCAGGUAAAGAGGCUAAGGCACCAGAGCACAAGUAGUGCUAGAAACCGGGCUUAUUGCUUUUUAUAACUUUUGUACAAAAAUGACUUGGGUAUUUUAUCCAGACAAAUUUUAAUGAGCUGCUGACCAAAACACUGGUUCAGUGUGGGAUUUAAAAAUAUAUAUAUACACACAUCCAUAAGUAAUUUAUUAUGAACCAGUGUAGGACUUUUCUAGUAAACCUUUUCUAAAGCGAA